AUGGCUCGUGCAGCUUCCCGUCGGCAGGUCAAGCCUGAUCCCACAACGGCCGUCAACCCCAUCAGCAAGUACGGUCGUGUCUCCAAGACACAGCCUGCCCCCGAGGACAACUCUGUGAAGAAGGUCUUCUUUAUCGAACUGCCCAGCUCUCACCCAGCUGCGACCGCGGAAGUUAAGACACAGGUCAAGAUCGAGCCUAGCCCCGAGAGGACCCUUCUUCCCCCUCCCACACCGACUUCCUCCAGGAAGCGCAAGGCGAGAUCGAUCGAAGACGAUACCUCCGCGAAGCCAACCAGAAACAACGCCCCGUCACCCGAGAUCCUGAAGCGUCAGCGACUCUGCAAGGAUGAACCUGUUCCUGUGAAGGAGGAGUUCAAGCCUGCAACAACGACCCCGUCACCCAAGAGCACACCCUCUACUGUUGCCGACGCCCGUCGAAAGACACGCAAGCCGGACGUUAUCUCCCAAGCAAAGACAGAGUGCCGCAAGGCCAACCAAAAGGUCAAGCGGUCGAGGAAGCACAACAAAUCCACCGAGCCGGAAACCAAGAAGGCGCCAGCUAGGACGCAACUGCCAGCCGAGCUCCUUGAGCUUCUAGACCUCCAACCUUGUGCACCAAAACAGCAACGCCCUCUCGACAUCAGCAGCAUCACACCUCAUGUCGCCCGUACUUGGGGCAAGCGGAGGGUUACUGUCGAUGACGUCCGGACAUGUAUUGCAAUCCAAGAUGCGAAACCUGCUGGCAGGGAAGACGAGUUCCUGGGCUCCCCCUUCAUCGUGACCGACUACGGACGCGGCAAGCUCUGCCUCGAGAUGGACCUGACUAAGAAGGCAAACCGCAUCGAUGAGGACCAGCUCUGCCGGCAGUUCGAGGAGAACCUGCACAUCAUGUGCGCCCAGCGAGCAACGGACGAGAUGUCCGAUCUUGAUCUCUGCUUCGAGAACCUAACCUUUGACGACCUCCCCAAGUCCGACAUUACCAUCCGCCACACGACCAUCUCUCAAAACCCUGUGUUCGCCAAAGGCCAGCGUGCCCUGAACGAGCUCAAGAAUGGCAUCAUUGAGAAAAAGCAACAGAAGGAGGCUCAGAUGAUGGCCACAAAGGCCCCGGCACUCAACCCCGACGGUACCAAGAUGAGCCUUCUCGACAGGUUGCGCGCCAAGGAGGAGGCCAAUGCCCACAUCCAGCAACCUACUGGCCCCGAGCUUGCGAGGAAGCGAGCGCUUGCGCGUAUCGUUGACAUCGCUGCCAUUAUCUCGAUGCUCGUCUCUUCAUCGAACUCGGCGGGCCAGCUGGUCAUGUCUUUCACAAUGGCGGUCCUGCAGCAGAAGCUGAAGGAUUCCGUGCGGGUCCCAAUGCCCAUGGAAGAGGGUAUCCAGACGGUGCGCAUCCUCGCCAACGAGGUUGCGCCGGAGUGGUUGAGAGUGGCCAGCGUGGGUGGCAAGGAGCACGUCGUCAUUCAGACGAGACGGAAGCCGUACGAUGCGGAGCUCGCAGCGCGGGUUAGCAGACUUUCUGCAUAA